AUGAAGGAACUUGACAGGGUCAAACGGUCUAUGGUGGACCAGAUCGACCCACUCGACACGACACUGGUGGCUGAGUACUCUGAGGAGAUCUUUGAGUACAUGAACGAGCUCGAGGCAUCCGUCAUGCCCUCAGCUAACUAUAUGGACGCGCAAACAGAGAUUGAAUGGUCCAUGCGCACAACCCUGGUCGACUGGCUCCUCCAGGUCCAUCUGCGGUACCACAUGCUCCCCGAAACCCUCUGGAUCGCGAUCAACAUUGUGGACCGGUUCCUCUCUGCGCGCGUCGUCAGCCUCAUCAAACUCCAGCUUGUCGGUGUCACCGCCAUGUUCGUGGCAGCAAAGUACGAGGAGAUCCUCCCGCCUUCUGUUGACGAGUUUGUGUUCAUGACCGAGAACGGAUACACCAAGGAAGAAAUCAUCAAGGGCGAACGGAUCAUUCUCCAAACCCUGGACUUCAAGAUCUCGAACUACUGCUCGCCCUACUCCUGGGUCCGCAGGAUCUCAAAGGCGGACGACUAUGACAUCCACACGCGAACGCUCUGCAAGUUCCUCAUGGAGGUCACCCUCCUUGACGAGCGCUUCCUCCGUGCAAAACCGAGCAUGAUCGCCGCCGUGGGGAUGUACCUUGCCCGCCGUAUGCUUGGUGGAGACUGGGACGACCGCUGGCUCUUCUACGCGAACUACACCGAGUCCCAGCUCUUGCCCGGGGCGAGGUUCAUCCUCGAGCGCCUCACUGCGACGGACUUUGAAAAUUACUAUGUCUGCAAGAAGUACGCCAUCAAGAAGUUCUUGAAGGCCUCCGUGUUUGCCAGGGACUGGGCGAAGAAGCACGAGAAAGAAAUGAACAGGACCAUCGAGAUGAACAAAGCUAUUGUCCGAGCCACCACGCGUAGGGCUGAACGCCUGAUGUGCCUCGAACAAUGA